AUGGCCGAAUUCCUCACUCCAGAACAACUCCAAGAAUUCAGAGAAGUCUUCAACUCCCUUGACUCAGACGGUGACGAAAAGAUAGACUCCACUGAGCUCACUAUGGUCCUUAAAUGCUUUGGAAUGAACCCAACAGAUGCUGAGAUCCAAGACAUCAUCAAUGAAGUUGACUUGGACGGCAACGGCACUCUUGAUUUUGAAGAGUUCGCCCAACUUAUGUGUAAAUAAAAUGGCAGACACCGAUGUUGACGAAGAACUCAAGAACGCAUUCGACCUUAUAGACCUUAAUGGCAAUGGCAGAAUCAGUGCACCUGAACUCAAGAGGCUGUUUGACUCAGCAGGAGAUAAAGUCACAGACGAGGAAGUCGAGGAAAUGAUCAGGGAAGCUGACCUAGACGGAGACGGCCUUAUCGAUAUCGAUGAAUUCAAGAGAGUCACUUAUUGUGAGUAG